AUGCACACAGCCUCACCUCUCUUUCUAUCAAACAUAUUUUUGUUCAUUCUCAAACACAAACUCUCUCUCCCAUGUUCUCUCUCUCUCUCUCAUACACACACUAUCUCAUACAUUAGUAUAUACAGACACACUCUCUCUCUCUCUUUCUCUCACUCCCUAUCUUCUCUCUCUCUCUUCCUCCCUAUAUUCUCCCUCUUCCUCUCUCUCUCCCUCUCUAUCUUCUCUCUCUUCCUCUCCUUCUUCCUCUCUCUCUCCCUCCCUAUCUUCUCCUUCUCUCUCUCUGCCUAUCUUCUCCCUCUAUUUCUCCCUCCCUAUCUUAUCUCUCUCCCUCUCCCUCUUCCUCUCUCUUUCCCUCCCAUCAUCUCUCUCUCCCAUCUCUUCCCUCUCCCUCUCUCCUCUCUCUCUCCCUAUCUUCCUCUCUCUCCCUCCCUCUCUUCUCUCUCUCUCUCUCUCUCUCUCUCUCUCUUCUUCACUUAA